GUCGUUUCUGAGAGACUUUGUCUGGUUUCAUCUGUGCUGCUCUGAGCUUCACAUGUUUCUAUGAGCAGAAGAUCUUUGUGGCCUCAUGGAGCUGCUGAUGUCUGAAAGCCUCAGAGAUGGAAAUCAGCCUCUUCUGAGCCUCAGAUCCCUGAAUGCCAGCAGAGAGGGUGAAGAUGUUACAUUCUUCAUCAUCCACGGCCUGGCUGACCUCGCUGGACACAGGAUGAUCUUUUUCAGCAUCCUGCUGCUGGUCUACGUCAUCAUCCUGGGAGGAAACAGCCUCAUCAUCUUUGUGACCGUUACUGACCCAAAGCUCCGCUCCCCGAUGUAUUUCUUUCUCUACAACCUGUCGUUUGUGGACAUGCUGUUCACCUCCAGCAUCAUCCCCAACAUGCUGGCAGGCUUCCUGAUGGACCAGUUGACCAUCUCUUUUAAUGGCUGCUUCCUGCAGAUGUUCUUCUUCAUCAACCUGUCAGUGACUGGCCGUGCUAUCCUAACCGUCAUGGCCUACGAUCGGUACUUGGCCAUCUGCAACCCUCUUCGCUACACAGCCAUUAUGACCCGGCCUGUCCAGGUGCUUCUGGUGGUAGGGGCCUGGGGAUUCGGAGCUCUCUGCCCUCUGCCGGCCACCACCAUGGCCCUGCAGCAGCGCUACUGCGGCCCAAAUGUGAUCCGACAUGGCUGGUGUGACCCGUCCUCUUUAAGGCGUCUUGUGUGUGCCGACUCAUCCGUGGAUAACAUUGUGUCUUUGGCCUUCGCUCUGGUGGCCUUGCUGUCCACAGGGAUCCUCAUCCUGACCUCCUACAUCCUGAUUUUUGUGACCAUGUCCAGCAUGGCGGUCACUCAGAGGCUGAAGGCUUUGGCGACAUGUACCGCCCACCUGACCGUGGUGUCCUUCUCCUACAGCGCUGCCUCCUUUAUCUACAUUUCUUACAGAGUGCGAGACGUUUCACCAGAGGUACGCAUCAUUGUAUCUGUGUUGUACUCCGCCUUGACGCCGUUCCUCAAUCCCAUCGUCUACAGCUUAAGGAACAAGGACCUGCAGGACGCCAUCAGAAGGAUCGGGUUAAGGUUACACCUAGUGGUUCUAUCAGCACCAAGGAGCAUCCAAACUGGGAUCUGACCAAU